AUGAUAGUACCCGUAACGGAAGCAAAUUCCAGCGAUCCUGAGAGCAAUAACUCCCGAGAGAGUUAUGUUGGGGGCGCUUAUACACUUGAUCUGGUAACGCCCCCGGAAUCAGCUUCGGAGGUGGUCAAGUUGCCAACGCUAGAAUCUAAAAUAUUCUUGCGAGAUCUGCGUAGUGACAAGAUCAAACAGAUCUGCCUACUCGUCACAGAGGACGAGUACGUCGCCGAUAUUCGGUCGGCACAAGUGUUUGCUGAGAACGAACACGCUCUCAGUAGCUCAUCGAUGGGCAUGGGUGCCGUCGAUGAGAAGACUCGGAUUGAGCAAUACACGUCUUAA